AUAUAUGUAGAGAGAGGGUUGAUUUGAUUAUUUUUGAGUUAUUUUAGAGUAAAAUCAAAUCAAAUUAAAUUAGACCUGACCAAAUUCCCCAACGGAAAACCCUAAUCUCUGAAACAAACGAUCGACGAUGUCGUACGACGACGUAGAAAUUGAGGACAUGGAUUGGAACGAUGAGCUGAAAGCUUUCACAUAUCCCUGUCCGUGCGGUGACUUGUUCCAGAUCACUAAGGAAGAGUUGAAAAUUGGGGAAGAGAUCGCUCGAUGCCCUAGUUGUUCCCUUUAUAUUACUGUUAUAUAUAACAUCGAAGAUUUCCUCGGAGAUUCUAAGAAACAUGUCGUCGAGCCUUCGAAACAACAGCCAAUUGCUGUCGCUUGUUGAGAAACUCAAAGUUUCUAUUUUUGUUUGUCUCUGGUAAUAGGUUCACGCUUGAGGGUUUUUGUUUUUUAGAAUUUGGUAUCAUAUUGUAGUACCUAGUGAUUUUAAUUGGCAUACGGUGCCUGAAAUUUUGCGGAGAAUUAAUGAUUUGGUUUGGAGUUUAUCCUCUUUGGACUAUGAAUUAUAUUGGCAUUGCAAUAAAUUCUAUUAGUAUGUCAUUA